GCCAAUCCAGGAUAAGACUGCGCAUACCACAAGCUUUUCCCCCGCAUCCUUUUCGUUUUUCUCCCUUGAACCUUUUUUCAUCAUCCCCGUAGCAUCUUGUCUCUCGUCCAUUCCCUUACGAUUAUCGACUCACUCGUACACUACCGCAUACUUGAUUUCUUCACACCUUGCGACACACGAGUUAUACCCUCCGUCCUCACUUUCCCGCGUUUCUAUCAUUUAUUUUCGCUCACUACUCCAAAUCACAGAAGUCGGAGUUUCAGACUGCAUCUUAGCUUCCUUCUGAUCACGACAUUGGAGCUUUUGUACUGCGCAACAUGCCGUUUCACACUACCGAGCGUCGCAUUUAUCCACGACACAAAGUGAAUGGCAUUAGUGUCGUUCCUCGUCCUCCGUCUUCUACAAGUUCCAGUCCAACGAGCUCACAAGAAUCUGGCGAUUGGAACUUUGCAGAUGAUCGGAGCUUUUCCGACUCAACGGACCCUAUCCUUCGCGAUGACGAUCCCUGGCUUCGAUCCCGGUCAGGUUACAAGCCGCAAGAAACGGUGACCACGCUCCCACGACCUUCUGUCCCUCCACCUUCAACCAUCCUGCCUUUCCAUUGGGAUAUUGAUCUUGCAAAUGCCGCUCGUCGCACGCAAAGGGAUUUGGACGCGGCCCACCGCUUCCAGGAGUACAAAAAAUUCAAGACCUUCCCUCCCAAUACUCGCAACGUGUUUGAAACUACACGGAGCUCCCGCGAAUUUGAAAGGUUUCUGCCUACCGACUCACCCUCGUUUCCUGCCGUAGAACUGCUGAAGGAAACCGAUUUUGAGAGCAUUCUACGUCGGGCGCGGGAGAACCAUCUUGGUGAGCAGCAGGCACCUAGUAAUUCUCCAGAUGUUCCUGCUUCGGACGCGACACAGAAGAAGAAGCGUAAGAAGAAGCCAAAGAAGAAGAAGAGUAGCAUCAAUAUGGAUGAAAAGGCAAAGGAGGUUUGUGAGGAUAAAACCCCUCGCAUCGAUGCAACUGUUGUAGACCAUACAGAUGCAAGCGCGACCAGUGUUGCAGCGGCGGCCGCAGAACCCACCUUGGUUGCCCCUCAGACUGCUGAAAAUAAUUCAGUCAAAAGGAAGCCAUCUUUCCCCAGUCACGCACGGAAAUCUAGCUUUUCAGAUGUCCGACGAAGCUCUGUUUCCUCCAAAGGGUCAACAACAUGCUCGCCUACCCCGGCGCCCAAGACAAUGGAAGGCGCAGCUCCACUCGCUCAAGCAGAUUUAGGCUCGGAUAUUCAUAGCCUUACCAUCUCUCCGAUGGUGCCAUCUGCGUUAUAUGGUCCACUCUUGGAGGAGGUCAUGAGUCUCGGGUACGAGCUCGAAGGCAUUUCGAGGAGGUCCGAAUACUUUGGCAAUCUUGAACGCACGUAUAAGCAAGGCCUACGGAGACCAAUGGGAACAGAUGACUGGCGACAGGAUCUGAAGAGCGUCACCAACUUCUCCUUUUUACUUCAGCUCAGCAAAAAGCCGGGCGGUGUUCCAUUGUCUGCCGCUCGAUGUCUUGAAUCCUUACGGGCCUUUUUAAUGCGAGCGGUCCAGUCACCGGGACUCACGGCAGCGGAACGCGAGGGACUGACCAAUUUGACUGCCGACGAUCUUUUUCAUGUAUCUCGUGAAGUCAGGACGAAGAACGCAGCGGCAUCUCCUGAUACCACGGAAAGGAGGCUCCCUCCCAGGGAGAAGGCAGAGCUGCGGAUUUCUAGAGCUGAGGUUUUCUACUCUGAUCCAGAGUUACCUCAGGCGGUAUUUAUUGCGGCUAGAAUGAGCUUUGCAACGCCGAUUAUGAAGAAACUGUUGGAGGCAACCAAUCGGUUCGAGCUUCUAGGUCUCAAGUACCUGAAGGAUUUGAGCGUCGAUCAUGCCAAAUAUCUUACGCCCUACGAAGUUGGUGACGUGAAAUGGCAUCCUAGUCUGGAAAAGAUUACGCAGAAGGGGCAGGAUGGUCAAGGAUGGGUGAUGAUGGUAGUGCGUAAAAGCAACGGUUUUGAGAGAGUGGAAGAGAUUGUCGGGUCAUAUCUGAAAUCGUACUUGAGUAUUUCGGACAGCGUUGAUACCGAGGGUCCUAAGCUGGGAAGGAGACGCCGCGGUGUUAGUCAAAAGGCUACGGAUGUGCCUUCCAUUAACGAGCCUGAACUAUUUGAUCCCUUGGAGGCUCUUCGGCUAAACGUGCUUGUGUCGCCGAACGUUGAAGCAUGCUACAACCAGAUCACCAUCUUCUUCCGCGACUCCGAGCUAGUCCCAGGAGGCACGCAGACGUGGGAAGACAGGCAGUAUCAUCCACAAUGGUACCUUCACGAUCCUUACAUUGGCAAGACUCUCCUCGAGCAUGCACCUUUCCUUACGACCAUAUGUGUUGUGAAAGCUAGUCUGUUUCCACACCUCGGCAGAAUCAUCAAUCGUAUGCGAAAGGAGGACUUUGACAUAGCGGGGUUGAAGGUUACACGCAUGAACUAUCACACUGCCCGGAAAAUGCUCGCCCACGACGAGGACGCUAUUCGUCAUGGGCCCGAGGUAUUGGACCGCUUUUAUCAUGAGCUCACGGAAGGACCCGUCGCUGUUUUCAUGCUGCAACGAACCAACGCUGUCAAGCGGUGGCUCGACGUUAUGAGUGAUAUUCGGAAGAAUUCGAAAACUCCUUCCUCCGAAUCUCUGUUCCAGGGAGGCAUAUUUGCAUCCACAUCGCACCGACUCGCGCAUGCCCAUAGGAUUGCGUUGUUUCCCGAAGGACCUACUUUGAGACUACGCUACUGGCGUGGGAGAGACAGGUUUGAGAAGUCUCUCCAUCCCACGGACUUGAUUACCGAGACACCACGCUAUCCCCGCACGUUGACUUCGAACCGUCGCCGGGACAGCUAUUUUAUGGAGCAGAUCCGAGAACCAACACUUGCAACCUCAGCCAGCUCCCGCUCUUCAAUGGCGUCUCCUCCACCCACACCAGUCUCGGAAAUGGAACAAAAGGAUCCCCCGGAGCUCGUAUGUGUCACUUUACUUCCAGCACACUUGAAGACGGACGACACAUACAGGAGCUGGGGCGCGAUUUUGGAUGCUCUGCUUUUGGAGUCGAAGAAGGGUGCUGAUGGAAGUGAGGAUGGGUUUGGAGAUGUAGCUAGUGACUCAGGAAGUGCCAAACCCGGUGGUGGGAAUGAGCAGGAGAGGCAGAAGCGGAGUGGUGGUAAAAAGAGGAGAAAGCAGAAGAAGGAGAAAGAGAUGGUAGCCGUUCUGGAAGAAUCAGACGGUAUGAUGGAGCCGAGGCCAUCGUCACCCGACAUUCCGGCGCCUCGUUUAGUGGCAUGUCGCUAUGUUGUCUGUGGUGAAUCGGCCAUUACGGAAUGGCAAAAGUUUUGUCCGCAAUGGGAUCCGAAUGUGGCAUCUUCCGAGGUGGCCUCCUGGUCUGAGAGGCUCAAAACUGAACAGGGGACUACGGUGAUUACUGAUGAUGCCCCGCCAUGGAAAUUGAUGCAACGAGGGGCCUGCUUAGCCGUCGCAUUGGAAGCUGACCGGUGUGCUGAACGAGUGCAAGCAAUCAUUGACAGACUGCCAGAGUACCAUCGUCGCUGUGUUACGUACACUACAACGUGCGACGAGGCUUGCGGUCAACUCCCGAUAUUCUUUGGCGAGCUAUUUGACAGCUUCUAUCGAAUUGCACUGGAAAGGAAGCCAAGUGUUUCUGAAGGGGUUAUGGGUUGAAAGUGAGAUGGCGAUGCUCAGGGAGAUGUGCGGUCCUUUUUAUUUCCUUUUUUUUUCUUUUGCUUGCGUUAUUAUAAUUUUCGUUUUUCGAAUUGUGUCCCUUUGUUGCCUCCUUUUUUUCUUGGUUUGUAAAAUAACGUUAAUGGUUGUUUUUCGGUAUUGGGCUUUGCAAGAGGUGGAAGGUGUACAAUUUGGGUUGAAGAAACAAUACAAUGGGUUUAUAGCUCAUCCCUUGUUGAGGCAUUGGCACACUUGUGUGAUCCUUCCGUCUUCUCUGCUUUUAUUUCCAAAGCAGUGACCGCUG